UUCGAAUCUCCAUGGACGCGAAAAAAACGCUCCUGCGGCGGUACGUGGUAAUAUUCCUCGUGGUGUGCGGCUAUUGGGUAGUGUCGAUCUCGACGGUGUUUGUAAACAAAGCGCUGCUGAGCCACAUCGACUUGGAGGCGCCGCUAUUCAUAGCAUUCAGCCAAACGGUCAUCACGGCGCUAAUAUGCUACGGCAAGAAACUAGCGAGCCGCUCGUGCCCCGACAGGGUCAGCUUCCCGGACAUAGACGUGACGGAUCCAUGCACCGUCAGGUCCAUUCUGCCGCUGUCGAUUAUGUUUACGAGCAUGAUAGCGACCAACAACCUGUGCUUGAAAUACGUCUCCGUCUCGUUUUACUACAUCGGACGGUCGCUGACCACCGUGUUUAACGUACUCCUAACCUAUUUCAUUUUGGGCGAGAAAACGUCCAAGAGCUGCGUCGCGUGUUGCGCCGUGAUCGUGUUUGGUUUCUGGCUCGGAGUCGACCAGGAGAACCUGGCGGGAAGCCUCUCCGUGGCGGGCACCGCGUUCGGAAUCCUGGGCUCGCUCUCCUUGUCCGCCUAUUCCAUCUGGACCAAGAAGGUACUGCCGGUGGUGAACGGUGAAGUGUGGGCCCUCUCGUACGCGAAUAACGUGUACGCCUCGGUAUUAUUCGUGCCCAUGAUCGUUAGCAACGGCGAAUUGCCAGCGCUCUGGAGCUACACUAACCUCACCCGUCCGAGUUUCUUGUUAAUUUUAACCGGGGGCGGAGUGUGCGGCUUCCUCAUAGGUUUCUUUACGGCGCUGCAGAUCAAGUACACGUCCGCGUUGACGCACAACAUUUCCGGCACGGCCAAGGCCUGCGCCCAGACCGUGAUGGCCGCUUAUUGGUACGGCGAGCUCAAGUCCGCGCUGUGGUGGUGCUCGAACGCCAUAGUUUUAAUCGGGAGCGCCGCCUACGCGAGGAUCAAACAGCUCGACAUGGAGCGCCGUCACGCGCUCGACGUGCGUUAUCAAAAAGUUUAGCAAUAAAACGUUGUCGGGUGGACGGCGCCUCGUUUUUUAUCACCCGAGAGGCAUUUUUCGGUGACGACAGCUUGCUGCCAAACUCGGCUAGGAAAUGGAAAGCUCCCUUAUCCAAAACUAGCUAUUAAUACUUUUUUGUUUGUAUUCUAACAUUUGACUGGUAAGUUGUCAAAUAGUUUGCUUUCUAUUCUACUUACCGUUUAAGGAUGAAAUGGCAAUGGGGCAAACCACCAUCCCAAAACUGGUACGGUACAUUUCACACCACAAGAAUUUGACAAACCUCUUCUAAAAAUACCCUGAGUUUUCUAUGUGUAUUACAAUAAAAAAUAAUUAUAUAAAUUAUGAAAUGGCUAAACUAAUAAUUAAAUACAGAAAUUUUCUUUUAAUAAA